UUCGUGAUCACCAACUCAUUCCCCGGUGGCAGAUUCUCAGAUGGCCUUGGCGACUUGGAAAUAUCGGGCGAUGUCACCCACCACAUCGGAGGCUGCUUCAAGGACGACGGGAGCCCUGAUGAUGGAUGUGCUGCCAUGAGAGCAAAUGGCGGUGGUGCGGCUCCACCGACCAAGGCAAAACGCAGCCUGGACACAUUCGCAGGCAUGUCGACGUGGCUAGGGUUCCUCCGCCCCAGCACAAAGGUUCUCUACACAGUCCAGUUCUACUACGCCGUUAUCAACUAUGGGGGAGGCUGGAACAUGUGCACCGUCGAGGCAUGGCUCGGCAACCGGUACUUCUACUUCAACGAUCAUUUUGUCAUGGGCCACAGUGUCGGCUGGAAUAGAGUCCUAACGUCCGUUAUGGCUGACUCUACUCGUGCCAACUUUGGCAUCUGGAUGGAUUGCUGGGGCUCUGGAUAUGCCGAGCUCUACGUCGACUCAAUUUUCAUCUCGAACCAGGUUACGCCUCAGAACAUUGACCGGUUCCAGCUGAACUUUGAGGAUAGUCCCAACAACCCUUCACCCAGCAGCACUAGGAGGAGCUCUAGUUCUACUUCUCGAUCUAGCUCUAAAUCUCUUUCUACUCCCUCUACCCCAGGCGAGUUUACGUGGUCGCCGAACCCGACUCCUAGGGUUAAUGGCAUACUCGAGUGGUCUGACCUAGACUGCUUCAACUGUCAGCUGUGCGAUGAAAUGCCUAGCUUAAGCUCUUGGCUUCCUGAACUAAGUACGAGUAAUCGAGGGGAGUAUUCAACGCCAACAACCCCAAGGGGUCCAAGUACUCUCAACCAAGGGGAGCUUUCAACACCCGGGCCUACUCGAGAUUCAACCACCCUUAACAAUUGGGAGAAUUCUACACCCACGCCUUCUAGACGUCCCACCACCACUUCGGAAGCCCCCGCCGAGUCUUCGACCAGCACUUGUCGGUACACCCAUGGCGAGCAAUGUGAAAUGGAUCGCUGGACCAACCACGGCGCUCUUCUCUGCGGCGUCGGCGCAGUCUACAACGGCAAUACGUGGACCGAGAAUCGCAAUGACUACCCCCACCAGGAUAAUUACCAACAAUGCGCCGCCAUUUGCCAGACACUCGAGAAUUGUCGAUCGGCGGGGUACUAUUCAGUUGGCAACCACUGCUUGUUUACGAGCGCCAUCCUGACCCCUGGGGAUAUGACCUACUUUGACGAAGAGCCCUGGAAACAAUCAGUCUGGUCGGAUAACAGUUGCUGGAUCUGUCCAGACUGCAUCCCAGAAGAUGUUCUCAACAUCCCCAGCGAGCUCUGCUCCUACACUGAAGGUGACGUCUGCACACGCGUUAUGACCUCAGAAGACAUCAUCUGCAACCUCCCAGCCUACCUGUCCAGCAUGUAUAGUACGGGCAACGAGUUAGAUGACUUUUAUCCGCUGCAGCGCUCAUCUGGGGAGUGCGCCGCCAUCUGCAGGGCCAUGGUGGGCUGCAAGGGUUCAGGCUACAAGGACGGCCACUGCCUGUUCUUUGGUUUCCAGCUGUCCACAAACCCCAGUGAUCCAAUCCCUCUCCAGACUGACAGUCCUUCUUUGUUCAACGGUGUGUGGGAUGACCCGCUGUGCUUUAACUGCCCGGGGUGUUACCAGGUGGUCGACUAG